GGGCAGGGGCAAACAAGGCGGUGGUGGCUGGUGGCGAGGCGCAGCCCACGUCAGUCAGGCAAGUGGAGGCGGAGAGUGUAGAGGCGGAUCGCUCGGGUCACGCUCACUCUUCUCUCACAGUCACGCGCUCUUCCUGGCUCUCUCUUCUGUCAUUCUGGAAUUAUUGUUCUUCGCAAAAACUUCUACCAAACAUCUAAGGCUGGAACAUAUACAUUUCUUUUCUGAAACAGGAGUGUUGUUAAAGUAUCCAAGUGGUGGUGUGUUCGCUAAACUUGUCUAGCGUGGAGGUGUGCGAGGUGACAUCCAUGACGCUGCCCUGCCCUGUGUUCCCUGCAGGUGAAGGAAAGAGUUGAAAAGUUAACCGCUGAAGAUUUUCAAGUGACUCUAAAACCUUCUUGAGUCGAUAUUGAAACAUUUCACUGUUCAAACUCAAAGUGGUGUGAGGUGCCUACGUGUUUAGUCCUUGACCCGGUGUACAGUGACAAUGGAAGCCCAAACGGCUGCACUUGUCGAGGAGGCGCCCUCCAUCAACCACUCCACUCCUAGCGUGGAGGAUGACAGCGGCUCCCAGGGAGAUGUCGCUCGCCUCAUCCACUACCCGAGGUCCGCCACAAUCUUUGCUGCUAUUGCCAGCAUCCUCUUCAUAAUCGUCGGAAUCUUGGGUAACUUCGUCACCAUCGUUGCCCUUAGUAGAAAUCGGAAACUGCGACUCCACGCCACCACAGCCUUCGUCAUCAGCCUCUGUGUUUCUGACCUUCUCUUCUGCUCCAUUAACCUGCCACUCACCGCCUCCAGGUACAUCCACGAGUCAUGGGUGCUCGGCGACGCCCUCUGCAGUGUGUUCCCGUUCUUCUUUUAUGGGAAUGUGGCCACGUCGCUUCUCAACAUGGUAGCCAUCACUGUGAACAGGUAUAUUCUCAUCGCGCAUCACAGCCUCUAUGACCGGGUGUACCGCCAGCACUUCAUAUACCUCAUGAUCGCCUUCAUCUGGCUCUUCUCCUUCGGUAUGAUGGUCCCGCCGCUCCUCGGGAUCUGGGGGCAGCUUGGCCUCGAUCCCCCAACCUUCUCGUGCACCAUCCUCAAGAGAAAUGGUUCCUCGCCCAAGAAGUUCCUGUUCCUCUUUGGUUUCCUGCUCCCUAUGAUUGCUAUUAUUGUCUGUUACUCGGCCAUUUAUUACAAGGUGAAGCAGUCGCGGCGUAACGUGGCAGCUCACACCAACAACUGCGGGCCGAUGUCCUCUUCCACGUCAGCCCUCACCCGCAAGGAGGACAUGCGCCUCACCAGGAUGAUGCUCACCAUCUUCCUUUGCUUCCUGGUCUCCUUCCUGCCCCUCAUGAUCGUUAACGUCGCUGAUGAUGACGUUCGGGUGCCAUCCCUCCACGUGCUGGCCUCUGUACUCGCCUGGGCCUCCGCCGUCGUCAACCCCUUCGUGUACGCUGUCACUAAUCGCCAGUAUCGCAAGGCCUAUCGGAUGUUAUUUUGUGGCCAUCGGAGUAAGCCAGGACGAUCAUCAAAUUCCCACUCGAAAAGCAACUCCUCGCGGACCUUUGUCACCGAGUUCCAAUACCAUGCGUCCACCGGCCACGUCACCAGCCCCGUCCUUAUCCCCAACCCUACGGCAGACGCUUGAGCUGAUGCCGCUGUCCACCACCCACAAAAGCAUCUCGCCCUUCACCCGCCGCCAGAAGUCUCCCGUUCGCCCACUCUCCAUUGUCUUCCUAGAAUCUCCAAAAGCUCCAAGACGCACAUUCUCUCCCAGCCCUGCCGCUCGAAGGUCACCAACCUUGUCGAACUCCUUUGCAACUGAAUCCAAGUCACACUCUUCUCCACCGUCUGACUUCAAGCCGCCACCGCCGCCUGCUCUCACCACUGAGUCUUCUCCCUCUUCUUCCUCCUCCUCCUCGUCCAGUUCCUGCAGCUCCAGGGCUUCCUCUCCUUCUCCUUUGCCCGCACGUCACAGGUUGUCUUCUUCGCUCUUCAUAACAUUUGCUAAAAUUGAAAUAGUGCCUGUCUCUACUAAUUCCUCCUUGAAUCUCUCUCACCCUGACUCUAGAUCUUGAAGUACAACUGUGUCCGUGUUACAUGUGUCCAUAUCUCCCGUUUGUAUUGUUUGCCUCAGUCUCUUCCUGUGAGAAUUCCAUUUGCAACCCGUCUCGUUUUAUAUUUUCCAGAUCUAAAAUCUUCACUCCUUGCAUGGACAUUACCUCUCUGCAUGAUGAAUCUCGUACCGCUUGAAACUCACCAGCAAGUACUUCAUGGAGGCUCCUGCUGGAUGCUGAGGAUUGAGGACUGAAUAGGAGAGGCAUUCGAGAGAGUGAGGUGUGAAAGGUGACGGAAACAGCCAUCCCUUCACAGUAAUUCCUCCACCACUCCCUCACAACAGUGCCUUCCCCUUCCAUGAUGGUGUUCCUGGGUGGUGAAAGGAGAGCUGCAAAGAGUCUGGUCUGUGUGGCCCUCGGGUUGAAUUCUAUAGGUAGUAAACAUUAAAUAAAUUCAAUAAAAGGUAAGGUUAGGCAAAAUGGUUUCGAUUAGUGGUGUGUUGUAGGUGGUAGUAAUAGUGGUAGUGAUCUUAGCUGGUUUUGUAGAAAUAUCACCAUUCUAAUGUGCAUUUUUCCUCCUUUUUUUAGUGGAUGUAUAGUACGGUGCAGUGGAUGUUGAUAGAAUCUCAUUAACUGAAAUAAUACUUGAGGUGCUCUGGUGUGUGUGUGUGUGUGUGUGUGUGUGUGUGUGUGUGUGUGUGUGUGUGUGUGUGUGUGUGUGUGUGUGUGUGUGUCUCUGUGUGUCCUAUCGCCUUAAUUAAAGUACCGUACAUACAUUCAUCCAUUUAGCCUUUAUUCCUCAUCCAAGUGAGGGCUGCACAAUACAGCCGCACAGCCGGGGGAAUCUGUCCUCGAGAGAGAAGAUUAAGAUAGUACAACGACAGAUAAACGAGUCCGAUGUCUGGUGAGAAGAAAUAUGGAAAAAAAAAAACUGUUUACAUUUCUACGUACACGAACAAUGGACAGUGUUUUCUUUCCUUUCGGUGUCUGUGCGUUCAUCGAUACUCAUUGUGCUUUUGCUUACGUAGCUAAAAGAUGCGUAAAUAAAGAAAAACAAGUCCCUCACACGACGCGACUUAAUGAUUUGUAUACUGUGUGUGUGUGUGUGUGUGUGUGUGUGUGUGUGUGUGUGUGUGUGUGUGUGUGUGUGUGUGUGUGUGUGUGUCAGAUACUCUCCCAGUAUUACCGUAGCUUUAGCAGUGAUUGCCAGUGUUUGCCUCUCAAGUGGAGGCGUCUCAGGCUAAGUGUUGAUGAGCGAGCCUGCAGGUCUGGUGGCGGGGAGCUGGUGAGUGGCGGCAGGAGGGAGGCCCGUGUUCUGAAAUGCUUUACUCUCGCCAUGACUAUUUUCUAAGGCCGAGUUCUCAAAAGUACUAAUUAAAAGUGUUAAUAAUGUAGUAAUCUUAACAAUGUACCACUAUAACUGUUAAAACACCCUUAAAAUCCUGUGUAAAUUCAACUAGAACCUUUGAAAGUAGUGGAGAUGCAGCGCAGAGGUGUUUCAGAGAUGAGGUGGCGAGGUUCCGUUCAGUGUUCUUUCCCAUCCCUGCCCUUCUCUUCCUCUUCCCCAUCUGCCAGAGUCUGCUAGGUUGCUGGGUUAACAUUUUGUCAAUUAUGAUUAAGAUAAAGCCUAUUUAUAUUUAGAUAUUUUCUUACAUAAUUUAAUCAAAGGCUGAUGAGGAGGAACGUGCCAUACUCGUAGUUAUAUAUUAAGAGAGUGUGCCUUGUAUAGUGAGUUUGCGGCAGAGUACCUCAGUCUAGCUUACUCUGUCUGAAGGUUAAGAGUUCUAGGUGGAUAACGCUGUGUAGAAAAGCUUGUUGUUUUUAGAAAAUUACUUACCCGGAUUGCAAGCCAAGACGGGGCGCAGUGCUAUUUUUUUUUCUUUUCUUUUUUUUUUUUUUCUUUGUAGCCAUGGUUCUGUUAUGGAUUUCACUACAUUUAUUUAUGUCGCGAUUAUUAUUGUCACUGCUGUUUUCAUUUAAUACAUUAUUGCCGAGCAUGUCGUAACUAUGUAUUUAUUGCUUAAAGAUUCGUUUUCUUUUCUUUCUUUUCUCUUACUAAGGUCUUUGUGACAAGAUCAUCACAAAUACUACGCAAUGACUCAUGGUGAUAGCUCAUCAUACUGACCGCUGCAAUGAAAAGGUGUCAAAGUUGGUUAGUAUUUUGUGCGUGGGGAUCAUUACUCUGGGGUGUGGAGGGGCAAGGAAUGGGAUGAGGGUCGCGCACUCUGGCACACCCAUCCCCUGCACACAUCCCUCCAGGGCAAACUAACGCCCAAGACCCGGUGCUCAGGACGCCACUUGUCACUGUCAUCAAGGGUUCCCAUCAGGGUUUCUUCAGUGUGGUAAUGACUGGCUUGUUAUCGCAGGCCGGUCCAAUGACGCACUUACACCAACAUCCUCGAGUUUGCCUUCAUCAUCUUUAUCAAAUUUAGUUUUAUCUGAAAAAAUAAAGUUGUAAAUAUAUUAUGUAAUAGAAGUAUGUAGUUUUAUAAUAUAUAUUAGAACAAUGCCAUAUUAGAUACUGUAAUUAGUGUCAAAAUGCACUUUAGCUGUCCUGUAAAGUCUUAAUAUUUAUUCACUAAGGUUUAAAAAAUAUCGCAUUGAAAUUAUGGAAUUUAUUAUCAUGAUAUUUCUUAGCUUCCUUCUUUCCACUGUUUAUACUUAGGCUACCUAGAAUAUAAGAAAUAGCAAUAGACCUUUAUGACAAUUUGAAAAGAUUCUGCAAUAUUUUAUUUAGACAUCAACAUUUCAUUCCGGUCAUUCCAUACAAAAUAAAUAACUCCUAGAA